UACGCGUACCUUCCCGUCCUCUCUCCAUCCAUCGUGGCUGCCUGUCAAGACCAGAUCCAUGCAUUCGACUCUCAGGAUCUCAUCAACGUCUACAUUCCAGACGGCCCUGAGACUAUCCUCUACCGUUGCGAGCAGCAGCCGUGCCCAAAUCGGACACCCCGAUCGAUCGAGGAAGAUUACCCUCGUUACAAGGCGAUCCGACGAGCGCAACAUCUGCUCGGUCCUCAAAGCACCCUUGCAUCUCGAUCCACCUUGCAGCACUCUUGCCCUGUCUCCCCCAGCUCCUGCCUCCCUCAAACUGUCGUCGAUCCAGGUCAAACGCGAGGAGAUCUCCCUCCAGACCCUGCGCCAGAGCCUGAGCCUGAGGAGGGUGACAGUGAAGAAGGAGUCUCGGAGUCCGAGUCCACGGAUCCUGCUCGGCCCGCCUCGCCGACAGCGCUCGCCCCCACGUCAGCAGUCCCUGACCGGAAGGCCACCACAGCCGCCUCCGCCCCCGCAGCGUCCUCCGUCCCCCCUGACGCCGAUAAUGUCAUCCCCCGCAGCUGCCCCCGACAAGGAGACUUUGAAGCUUCUCCUCCCACUCCAAUACGACGGCAAAACGUCAUCGAGUGCAACCGGUUCCUAUCACAGCUGCGCAUCUACUGGCUGAUCAACACAUCGUUGACCACCAUUGAGCUUAAGGUACAGGUCGCACUAAGCUUGCUCGAUGGAGACGCUCGUGCCUGGGCCACUCCUUACUUCGCCCAGCUCGUGUCGGUGCAGAUAGGAGUGCAAGGGGCCACGACCCCAUUCGCGAACGAAGCGGCCUUUGCCACCGCCUUCAGGGCCCGCUUCGGAAAUCUCGACAAUGAGGCGGCAGCACAAGUAGAGCUGGCGAAGCUCUGCGCGGACAAAUCGGUCCGUGAAAAACGCACUGCGGUGGAGUUCUCCGCGCUAUUCAAGGGUCCGGCGGAUCGCUCUGGGUAUGGGGACCUGGAGCUACACGACAAGUACCUGAGCGGCAUCCCCUCCCGCGUCUACCGCAAGAUCGAGCUUCACCACGUGGUAAGCAGCUGA